CAAGACAUUCGGAUCACCCCUGUACAUUCACACCAUACACAAACCCUGAAAAAAAAGCAUUAUUACACAUCAGAGUCGAUGCAUUAUUAUCAUCGGCUUGGAGAUUCCAUCUUCACUGAUCCCCUCAAUCACCGCAUCCGCAAACAACUUCAGCAGUGUGAACCAUUGCCAAUGCUGCAUUGUUAAAUCCCAUUCCGAGUACUGUACAUGCGUUUGGGAUUAAUGUUUGCGAUCUUGUGCUCACCACGUUCCAGCCCCCAAUGUCCAUAAUCCAAUCAGCCCGUCUCCACCGGCCAUAAACCUCCACAUCCCCAUCAGCUCCACGUUAAAAAAAGACUCGAGAACAGCUGCGCAGCCAAUGAACCAGCAUUUUUAACUGUGUUUUGUAUCGUAAAGGAAUAAGACACCGCUGUACCUACACGCGCACGAGUCAUUGCACACACACACACACCGCAGCAAAUGACUCAGUAAGGGUGUCGACUGAAGAGAUCGGAUGAAGAAGGGGGGGUGGGUGGUUGGGUCGUGUUUGGUGAACACAAGUGGCUUAAAGGCUCGGGUAUCUACGUUGCAUCUAUGCAUGACCGCACUGGUCAAACAACUCGUUUCGGCCUUGGCUGUGCCUUCGUUUGAUUGCGCUGCUGUUGGGGACUUUAGACAGGAAAGAGGAGAGGGGUGGGGGGCAAGGCAAAUAAUAUCGGCGCUUGUGCCGCGCGAGGUUUGUCAAUCGUCCCAACAGAGGGCAUUCAGAACGAGGACACGACGCCUUACGGAUAGGGAGCCGGGCAGCUUGGUUUAGGGGGUUUUUUGCCGUUGCUACGGCGUCCGACCAUUGAGUUAUUUUACGGUAAAAAAAUUAACCACAACAACAAAUCUGCGUCGUCUUACAAAAAAGGGACGAAGAGAGAAGAAUACGGAAAACGUCAGACAUGGCGACGACGUUGAGAAAAAAGCUGGUGAUUGUCGGGGAUGGAGCCUGCGGAAAGACCUGCCUUCUCAUCGUCUUCAGCAAAGAUCAGUUUCCCGAAGUGUACGUGCCAACCGUGUUUGAAAACUACGUGGCCGAUAUGGAGGUGGAUGGCAAGCAGGUGGAGCUGGCGCUGUGGGACACGGCCGGACAGGAGGACUACAACCGCCUGCGACCGCUCUCCUACCCGGACACCGACGUCAUCCUCAUGUGCUUCUCCAUCGACAGUCCUGAUAGCCUGGGUAACAUCACCGACAGGUGGACUGCGGAGGUGAGGCAUUUCUGUCCCAACGUGCCCAUCGUCCUCGUCGGAAACAAGAAAGACCUCCGCAAUGACGACAACACGAAGCGUGAGCUCGCCAAGAUAAAGCAGGAGCCGGUGAGGGUGGAGGAAGGCAGAGACAUGGCCAACCGGAUAAAUGCCUUUGGCUACAUGGAGUGCUCGGCCAAGACCAAGGAUGGCGUGCGUGAGGUCUUUGAGAUGGCCGCCAGGGCUGCCCUGCAAGUCCGCAAGCGCAAGAAGACGAGCGGUUGUCGUCUCCUGUGAGCGUGUGACCACCCCCCCCCCCCCCCAAGCCAGAAAAGGCACCAAAACGUACGGUCUAAAGCUAUCGUUUGAGCGCAGAGCACAUGGCAUAUUUGGAAAUUCUACCCAUUUAAGCGGCAGGCGGCCAAUUUUUAGUUUUGACUCUUUUACCCACGCACCGAUUUUAUGUAGAAAGAGUAAAAAAUGGAAGCCUACCACUUACAUCGGAAGCGUUCCCAAGUGUGAUGCUGUGCAUUGCAGAAAUAAUUUGACCUGCAGUCUGAGGGCAGGAGUGGUAAAGUAACCUCUUCUCACCUCUAAAUGGACUGUAUUUAAUUUUAUCCAAAUAAUAUAGCCAUUUUUUUACCUAAAGUUUAGGAUAUGUUUAAGAAUAAAUUAUUAUAUAAUGCUGCUAUGGGUGACGUGAGCUUGUUUCUUAUCUGUGUGUCUCUGUUGGAUGAAUAUAAAAAUGAUUUUGCAACAAA